GCCUCUCUCUGUGUGUUUGUGUGUGUGUGUGGCUCUCUGUUUACGAAAAGCUGUUCAGCAAGUUGCGCGACAUGCGAUCGGCCCGUCCUCGCUACCGCGCUACAUCUGCAGCCGCUUUGAGAGUAGGCUCUAACAAUCCUAACCUGUCCUAACCUACGUACAAAAUUACAGUUGAAACCUGCGGCCGUACAAUCCGAAGGUGGGCCUGGACGCGCUCUGUACUCCGGUUUCGACGGAAGUCCUGUUUAAAAACGAACUGAAAUCGAACCAUGUCACAGCGCGACACCGAUAACAACAGUAUGCACAGCCUGCUGGACGAGAAGGCCGUCGACCUGGAGAGUUGUAGAAAAUUAGUCAAAUCGUACGUCGACCUGCACCUGUACAGUGCCGCCUUGUUUUGGGCCGACAAAGUGGUGUCGCUGAGCAACGAGAACCCAAAGGAUGUGUGCACCCUGGCGCAGUGUAUGUACCUCAUGAAGCAGUACCAUCGUGCUGUGCACCUCAUCAAGAGAUACGGACUGGAGAAGAGCGACGUCAUGUGCCAUUACUUGACCGUGAGGUGUCUACUGGAGGCAAAGGAGUACAACGAUGCGCUUCAAGUGAUCAACGAGUCUGAGAUAUACACGAACAUAACGCAAGCAGGCAUCACCUUCGCCGAUCGCACGGACAUUUUUCAGAACGCCCCCAAAAACGUUCAGAGCUCAAUAUUGUACGUGAAAGGGAGAGUGUACGAGGCUAUGGAUAACAGAGCGGUGGCGACGGAGUGUUACAAGCAAGCCUUACAGUGCGACGUUUACUCGUACGAGGCGUUCGAAGCCUUGGUGCAAAAUCAGAUGCUCUCGGCUACGGAAGAGCGAGAGCUGUUGGAAUCCUUACCCUUCGGUGACCAAUGCACGAAAGGCGGAGCGGAGCUCCUGCGACUGUUGUACGACAGCAAGUUGAAGAAAUAUCAGGAGCCGAACGCAAAGCAGUCGUUAAUUACGUGUAACGUGAUGGGAGUUUCCGUCACCGCUAGACUAAAGGACAACUUGGACAUGGAAGUCACGAAAGCUGAGAGAUUAUAUUACAAUUGUGAUUAUCAUCAAUGUUUCUCGCUUACAGAGAAAAUCUUGAAGAAAGAUCCGUAUCACAAUUCCUGCCUGCCGGUGCACAUCGCCUGUUUAGUCGAGCUCAAGAAGACCACCGCUCUGUUUCAUCUGGCGCACAAAUUGGUUGACUUGUACCCGGAAAUGGCCUUGGCAUGGUUCGCAGUUGGAUGCUAUUACUAUACCAUAGGCAAAAGCGACCAGGCGAGAAGGUACUUGGCAAAGGCUACCGCACUGGACAGACUAUUUGGUCCCGCUUGGUUGGCUUACGGACACUCCUUCGCGGUUGAAAACGAACACGAUCAGGCGAUGGCAGCUUAUUUUAAAGCGUCGCAGUUAAUGAAAGGCUGCCACCUUCCGCUUUUAUAUAUCGGGCUAGAGUGCGGCUUGACGAACAAUCUUAAACUGGCCGACAAGUUCUUUCAACAGGCUCAAGGAAUAGCACCGAAAGAUCCGUUCGUAAUACACGAAAUGGGCGUAAUAUGCUUUUACAAUCUGGAUUACAAAAAUGCAGAACGAUUAUUUAAGGAAGCUAUGAAAAGCAUUCAGGGCGACCUAAGGAACGUGAUUCUGCCUAGUAAAUGGGAGGCGCUACUGAAUAAUCUCGGCCAUACUUGUAGAAAGAUGAAAAAGUACGACGAGGCACUAGAAUACCAUCAACAGGCGCUAGUCUUAGAUCCCCUGAACCCGUCGACUUACUCGUCGAUCGGAUUCAUUCACGCGCUAAUGGGUAACAUCCAGGAGGCGGUGGAUGUUUUCCACAGGGCGCUCGGCCUCAGGCGGGACGACACAUUUACCGCGACCAUGUUGGGUUACGUUAUGGAGCAACUGAUCGAUGAGACACCCCCGUAUCCUGACGCACCCACGGAGAUACCGAAAUACAAAUCCGAGGAAAACGAAGCCAGGUUGUCCGAGGAUACUGAAAUCAGGCUGUCCGUGGAGGCUCCCAACGUGGGCAGCAGCACGAGUGGACAGAGUAUCGACAAAUUAAGAGUAAAUCUGUUCUCCGGCAGCUGGGGGGAGAAUUCUGGCAAAGCGGAAGCCAGUACGCCCGGCAAACUGGACCAGCAGACGCGGGAUGUGCUGGUCGUGAAUUACUCGAACGGUGACAGUUCCGAGGUUGAGAUGCUGGAUUCUUCAACCGCGCACAUAGAAUAUAAUUAGGCCGCAAACUUCUCUUUAGCCGCAACCGAGAUAACGGUAAUUUUUUUUUACCGAUCUCUUAGCUUCGUUUAGGGUAGAUUCAGUGUAGCAAAAGGAUUGUAAAUAGCGUGUACAUACUUUUCUUUUUUUUUUAUAUAUAUAAACUCUAAUUUUGAUACACCUUGUAAAAACCACGAGUUUCUUGCGGCAAGGACGCUAUACUUCGUCGGUAUCGUGCGUCUGUGACAAGACAAAUUUGUUGGCUUGGAAAAAAGAAAUAAAGAAUGAGAGGGUGUUUUGAAAAA